AUGUCGAUGCUACCCGCUGACGUGCAUGCGGAGCUGACGCAGCUGCUCCAGGCACUGCAAUCUCCAGACAACUCAAUACGCUCCCAGGCCGAGGAGCACCUCCAGAACCACUGGACUCUUAAUCGCCCUGAGCUCCUCCUCAUGGGUCUUGCCGAACAGAUUCAAAACACGCCUGAUAUUUCCACACGUUCCUUUGCGGCCGUCAUCUUCCGCCGCAUAGCCUCGAAAUCGCGGAAGAACGAGAAGGGGGAAACGGUCGAUAUAUUCGUGUCUCUACCACAAGAGCAGGCGGCCGUCAUUCGCCAAAAGCUCCUCGAGAUCCUCACCUCUGAGACGGAACGUGGUGUCAGAAAUAAAAUUAGCGAUGCUGUCGCCGAGGUUGCUAGGCAAUACACAGAGAGCGAUUUGUCUUGGCCGGAGCUACUUGGAGCCCUAUUCCAGUUGAAUCUGGCUGCGGAGCCCGAUAAACGCGAGACUGCAUUCCGAGUAUUCGCCACUACUCCCGAUAUCAUUGAAAAACAACACGAAGAGGCGGUGCUCCAAUCCUUCAACAAGGGGUUCAAAGAUGAUUCCGUGGCGGUUCGGCUUGCUGCCAUGGAAGCCUUUGCUUCCUUCUUCAGGGGCUUGGGCAGGAAGGCUCAGCCGAAGUACUAUCCUCUCCUUCCGGAGGUGCUUAAUAUUCUACCUCCUAUCAAGGAGUCGCAUGACUCGGACGAUCUGAGCAAGGCCCUUGUCGCUCUUAUUGAUCUUGCCGAAACAUCACCCAAGAUGUUCAAGCCACUAUUCCACAACCUUGUGGUUUUUAGCAUUAGCGUCAUCUCCGAUAAAGAGCUGGAUAAUCUGUGUCGCCAGAACGCUCUUGAGCUGAUGGCCACGUUUGCUGACUAUGCGCCGUCAAUGUGCCGAAAAGAUCCGUCCUAUACAGAAGAUAUGAUUACUCAGUGUCUAAGCUUGAUGACGGAUUUGGGCGAAGAUGACGAUGAUGCCGCUGAAUGGCUAGCAUCCGAUGAUCUUGACCAGGAGGAGAGCGACCAGAACCACGUCGCCGGAGAGCAGUGCAUGGACAGGCUCGCCAACAAACUGGGCGGACAAACUAUUCUGCCACCCACGUUUAACUGGCUUCCUCGGAUGAUGACGUCCAUGGCCUGGAGGGAUCGUCACGCCGCCUUGAUGGCCAUUUCUGCCAUCUCGGAAGGAUGCAGAGAUCAUAUGAUUGGAGAGCUAAGCCAAGUCCUUGAUCUAGUCAUUCCGGCGCUCAAAGAUCCGCAUCCUCGUGUUCGCUGGGCGGGAUGCAAUGCUCUUGGCCAAAUGAGUACCGACUUUGCUCCCAAGAUGCAAACAGACUUUUACGACCGUGUGUUAAAGGCGAUAAUCCCGGUUUUGGAUUCGCCUGAACCGCGAGUCAAGUCUCAUGCGGCUGCAGCGCUAGUCAACUUCUGCGAGGAGGCAGAGAAGGAGAUACUAGAGCCGUACCUGGACGAGUUGCUGUCGCAUCUGUUCCAGUUGCUUCAGAAUGAAAAGCGCUACGUCCAGGAGCAGGCGCUAUCAACCAUCGCCACGAUCGCUGAUGCCGCGGAAGCUGCCUUCGCGAAGUAUUACGACACGCUGAUGCCUCUUCUCGUCAACGUUUUGAGGACGGAGAACAACAAAGAAUUUCGACGACUCCGUGCAAAGGCUAUGGAGUGCGCGACACUGAUUGCCCUUGCUGUGGGACGAGAGCGACUCGGACAAGAUGCCAUGACCCUCGUGGAGCUCUUGGGAACCAUCCAGGCAAAUAUUACGGAUGCGGAUGACCCGCAGACCCAAUAUCUAAUGCACUGCUGGGGUCGCAUGUGUAGAGUCCUCGGCAGCGAGUUCCUUCCAUUUUUGCCAACUGUCAUGCCACCGCUCUUGGAGCAAGCCAGUGCCAAAGCGGAUAUCCAACUUCUCGAGGAAGAGGAUCACAUAGAACAUAUCCAACAGGAAGAGGGAUGGGAGCUUGUUCCCAUAAAGGGAAAAAUGAUCGGUAUCCGCACAAGCACGAUGGAUGAUAAACGCAUGGCAAUUGAGCUGCUCGUUGUUUACGCACAGGUACUGGAGGGCAAUUUUGCGCCCUAUGUGGCGGAGGUGAUGGAAAAGAUUGCGAUUCCUGGCCUCGCGUUCUUCUUCCACGAUCCUGUGCGGUACAUCUCGGCCAAGCUCGUCCCACAGCUCCUGAACUCGUAUAAAAAGGCCUACGGAAACCCAUCCAACGAACUUACCGGUCUAUGGCUCGGGACGGUUGACAAGCUUCUUGAGGUUCUAACCGCCGAGCCAGCCAUUGACACGCUGGCCGAAAUGUACCAGUGCUUCUACGAGUCGGUGGAGGUGAUGGGUAAUGGUUGCCUGACCGAGACGCACAUGGCCAAGUUCAUUGAUGGCGUACACUCGGCCAUCGAGGAUUAUAAAGAUCGCGUGGCCCAACGGGCGGAAGAAAACGAAGGCGCUACUGCCGACGAUGUCGAGGACGAGGCGCAAGAGACCCUCCUCGCCAUUGAAGACGACCAGACGCUUCUCUCAGACAUGAAUAAGGCAUUUCACUCGAUCUUCAAGCAUCACGGAGCUUCCUUCCUCCCAAGCUGGGAAAGACUUUUGGCAACUUACGAGAGUUUCCUCGUCUCUCAAGACCCUACCCAACGGCAAUGGGGUCUCUGCAUCAUGGAUGACGUCUUAGAAUACUGCGGACCCGAGAGCAGUCGUUACGCCAACUUCAUUACUCAGCCACUAGUUAAUGGAUGCCAGGACGCCUCGCCCGCCAUCAGGCAGGCGGCUGCAUAUGGAAUCGGUGUAGCAGCACACAGAGGCGGAUCACCCUGGUCACAAUUCCUGGGCGGGGCGAUUCCGUGCUUAUUCCAGGUCACCCAGGUACCCGAUCCGCGCAGCGAGGAUAAUGUUUACGCCACCGAAAAUGCCUGCGCGGCUAUUGCAAAGAUUCUUCACUACAAUCCCGGCCAUGUCUCGGACGUCCAGGGCGUUAUAGCGCAGUGGGUAGAUACUCUGCCGGUGACUAAUGAUGAGGAAGCCGCGCCCUAUGCAUAUGCCUAUCUCGCUGAACUUAUCAAUCAGCAACACCCAGCCGUGAUUAGCCAGGCCAGCAAAGCCUUCACGUUUAUCGCGCAAGGACUCGAGGCAGAGACCCUUCGUGGUCAAACGGCUAGCCGUGUAGUGGCCGCGACAAAGACUCUACUCCAGACAGCCAAUUUGGACCCCACACCUCUUCUCCAACAGUUCUCACCAGAGGCCCAGGGUGUUAUUGCGAGCUUCUUUGCUUAG